AUGAAUUUCUCCUCGCAGGCUAUUGCAGCCCUUCAAAAGGCCUUCCCCAUUAAUCAGACAUUCCUUCGAGGAUCACUAGAGUUCGAUGAACUGAAUAGAUCGUACCUCUCCGCCAUCGAGAGUGACGUCACUCCUGCUGCCAUAUUCCGACCCAAGGAUAAACACGAAGUCUUUAAGUUCAUUCAAAUCACCCAACCCUACACUUGCAAUGGGGACGCCAAGUUCGCUAUCCGCGGCGGAGGUCAACAGCCCACCCAUGCCUGUGCAAAUAUCCAGGACGGCAUCACCCUCGACCUAGGUAUGUUGACCGGCAUAGAGGUCAAGGAUGAUUCCGUCUCAAUCGCAGCUGGAGAGCGAUGGGGCGCAGUCUACGAAAGGUUGCUUCCUCUCGGUCUCGCGACCUCUGGAAGUCGAAGUGGCAAAGGGGGCAUUGGUGGACUGUCUCUAUCAGGCGGUCUCUCAUUCUUCUCCACUCGUGAAGGCUUCAUAGCCGACAACGUAAUCAACUACGAAGUCGUACUCGCAUCUGGCGACAUCGUCAACGCCAACGAGCACGAGAAUACUGAUCUAUUGGUCGCACUGCGUGGCGGCGGCAAUAAUUUCGGCGUCGUGACACGCUACGACGUCCGUACUUUCAAGCAAGGCCCAUUCUGGGGCGGCAGCGUCUAUUACUUCACGCCCAGCUUCCCCAGCCAGCUGGAGGCCCUGGUUGCAGAGUUGAAGAAUCCAAAUGCCACCGCAGAGACCCAUCUUAUGCUUAGCAUCGGAUAUGCCGCCCAGUUUGGCCAGACUAUGUGCCAAAACCAGCUAUACUAUACUCAAGAGACUGAAAGAAAUCCCGAGGUACUCGAGCCUUUCACAAAUAUUCAGCCACAAGUAGACGCCCUUUACUCAAUGCGGAAGCUCAAAUUGGUCGAGGCGGCAACGGAACAAACAGGAGAUGCCAUGGACCGUCGAAGAGCCGAUGUGGACGCGCUCAAAGCGGCUGCCGACAUAUACACCGCCGCUCUUGACCCCAUCAAGACCGUGGAAGGACUCGUCUGCUCUCUAACACUGCAGCCCUACCCCGUUUCGCUACUCAAGAAGACAGCGGAGGCGGGCGGGAACUCUCUCGGCCUAGAUCCCGCUCACGGUCCUCUCGUAUCCGUUCUGCUCAUCACGUAUUGGAAGCAUGAGAACGAUGACGAAAAGGUCUUCCAAGUCAUGCAAUCGACGCUGGAAAAGAUCAAGUAUGACGCUCGCUCGAGGAACAAGACGAUCAAUUACGAGUUCAUGAACUAUGCUGCUGCCUUCCAGGACCCAAUUGAUUCUUAUGGUGCAGAGAAUAAGAAGAAGCUGCAGGAUGUGAGCAAGAAGUAUGAUCCUGAAGGAUUGUUCCAGAAAGCUGUACCUGGUGGCUUUAAGCUGUUCACUUAG